UUCUCGGGGGCGGAAAAUCACCUGGAGGUGUAAGGACACUGGAAUUCGUUUUGAUGUCUGGGAGCAUGGCGCUAGCUGAUCAGGGAGACGGCAUGGGUUCUCUCUUCGAAGGUAUGGUCCUUUUCCGCCCUUCCCAUAUAUCUCAAGACGAUGAUGUCGAUGGUGAUGAUCGUCAUCACCAGUCUCUUCCGCCAGCCUCGCCUCUUCCUCCUUCCCCUCCGACUUCAUCGUCGCUAUCGCGCCCUCUGGACGAGAACCUGUUUUCUGAUCUCACUCUCGUCACUCCCAACGAACAUUUAGUCUUACAAUUACAGUCCGGUCCCUGCCCCACGGCGGCCACAACAACAUCAGCAUCAGAAACGGCAAUUCCUUCCAUCGCUCGGCAAGUUUCUAGAAGGAAAAAGAAAGGAGGCAUCAGGGUUGGAUACGGUAGAGAUGCCUCACCUGCUGACCAUGACCAUCAGUCUUCAGUUCCUCUUUCUGAUUCCAAUUCCCGUGCUGAAAAAUUUUCCCUUCCCUCUACCGAAACCGAUCCUCCGCCGUCGCGGCCCACUGUCGAUAUCAAUGUUUCUGAUGAAGGUGUAUUCCUUCGAGAUAUCAACGUUUCUUUGGAAUUGGAAGAGUCCUCUAAUCUCUAUUCUGAUGCUAAUUCUCUUAGGGACAGUCCUGUUGCUUGUUGUGGCUCGGAAGAUUCAAAUCUUCCUACGGCAGGCAUUCUCAGUGCUGCAACCUUAGAUCCCGAUUCGGAAGAUGGAACUUUAUCUUCGAUGGUUAACGACGGUUUGUGUGAUGUUGAUUUAGUGUCACCCGGCUGUGUACAUGAGCUCUCUCCUUUGUGUCUUGGCCAUUCAGCGGAGGAGAAGCUGGAGCAGAUUAGAGCUCGGAUAUCGGAGAAGCUUGAGCAUAUUCGGGAAUUGGCAGCUUCAAUUUCCAAAAAUAGGAAGGAGUUUGCGAGGAGGAGAAGAGAAGCCAUCGAUAGAGUAAAUUUAGCCUCCUUCAAACACAGGGAACUGGAGAGGGAGCUAGAGGAAGCCUGUGAUGCUGAAGAUUUUGAGAGUGCGGAAAGGGUUAGCGAGAGCAUUGCGGCAGCAGAAACCGAGAAGCAAGGUCUUAUUAAUUUAUUGAAGGGUGCAGACGCAGACUGUGAUUCUAUUGAAUCGAAGAUGCAAGAGGUCUUGGGGUUGCAAAUUGCAGCUGAGGAAGAAAGUGUAUCAUUGCUGGAGCAAUUCUCAAAGGACACUGCUACUAGUGCGGAUUUAGUUUUGAAGACUGCGGAAUCACUAUCAUCAAAAGAAAUGGAUGAGUGGAUAUCAUCAAUGGAAGCCUUAGAGGAGAAAAAAUGGGAAUUGGAGACUGAAUCGCUCUUAAUGAAUGAUGCACGUUUGGGAUUCAAUGAUUCCAUCGACCACUUGAUCAAGGAUGAUAGGAGACAAAAGGAACUUCUUUGUGAGAAACGGCAGAAGCUUACAAAGGAAUUGGAGGAAUUACUUACUUUAGUAAGACACAAGGAAGCUGAGAUUGUACAAAAUGAUUCUAAUAUCCAUGCAGUUGAGAAAAGAAUUGCUGAUGCCGUGUCGGGGUUUCAUGAUGUACAGUUGAGCAUUGAUAUGAAGUAUGAUAACUUGAAGUCUGCCCUUUCCAGAAUGGAGUCAUCAUGUGGAGUUUUAUCCAUCAAAAAGAAGGAAAUUGAUGACUUCCUGUCUCAGGAAGAAGAGAGGGUAGCAAGGCUCAGGGAACUUGCCAUUUGUUCUGCAAAUGAAGCAAAAGCUUGCCAAAAAAUUGUUGGGCUAAGAAAGAGUUUGGUGUUUUCCAUUUUAAAGUUGAGGGAAGACAAGGUGAGGCUUACCAAGACUGAGGAGAGAAUUUUGGAGGAUGUCCAACGCCUCAGACAAGAAGUUUCUGCUGCAAGAGCUUCUCUACAGGAACUAUCUUCAAGAAAGUCAAGCAUCCAGCAGGAGGUUUCUUCUUCCAAGCAGAGGAUAUUCUUCAUAGAGAAGAGAGGCCCGGAGCUCGAAGCUGAAAAGAAAGUUGCUGCUGCUGCCAGAAAUUUUAAGGAAGCAGGGCGCAUUGCAGCUGAAGCGAAGGCAUUGACUGUUGAAAAGGAAAGCAUCCAACUUAAACUAGAGAAAGCUGUUUUAGACCUUGGGGAGGUGGAGGAAGGAAUUGAGCUCAGUGCUAACAGAAUGGAGGAGACACAGGGGCUGAUUAUAUCCAAGGAAAAAGAGGCUGCUAUGGCAAGGUUCGAGAGGCUACGUUUAGCUGCUGGUGCUGCCAUGGCAGAAAGAUCUGCAGCUCUAGAAUUGGGUGACCUUCAAGAAGCCAAAGUUGUACUCACAGAGGGUGAAGCAGCGGAGUCUGAAGCAAAAAAGCUCCAACAAGAUUACAAUUUCGAAGAGGAUGAAUUUGGAAAUCUACCAAAGCACUUCAUCUCCAUGGAGCUUAUCACUGGUCUUGGGGGGAAACAGUUGGCAGAGAUGGCGAAAUCUGUUCACCUUUCCUCACCAUGAGGACCACAAGUACAGUACGGUGAAAUUAAUUUGAGAUGAACUGAAUAGUUGGCAGAAUCAAGUGGGGAACUUGUAUUAUUUAGAGCGCUGGAAUUGAGUGGGAACUUUGCAUAUAUGGAAUGCGGGGACAGGAACAGCUUGUAGAAUAAAGUGAUCUCUGUUGGAGCAAUUCCAUACCGAAUGACGUUCUGCAGGACAGGGUGGGGAUAUGGUUCAACGAGGCAUGACCAAGUGAGUAUUUUUAGUGUUAACAUGAAUUUGAUAAGGGUAAAGACACCCAUUUAGUGAAAGCUGUAAACAAUUACCUGCCCCUGACAAUAACUCCCAUGGUGGAUGGUUGGAAGUCGAGAGAGAUUUCUGGCUUCUUGUUUUUGUGAAUGGGAAAGCUCGUAAGAAAGUUGUAAAACA